CGCCUCCUCUGCGCGCGCCCACAGCACGGUUUCCCCGACUCUCCGCCCGUCCUUCCCGCAGCGCCCAGGGACCAUGGCUGAUCCUCGCGUGAGACAGAUCAAGAUCAAGACCGGCAUGGUGAAGCAAUCGGCCAAAGAAAAAAUGAUGUAUGAAAAAGAAGCAAAACCACAAGAAGAAAAGACUGAAAAAAUGAAAGCUGAAGAUAGUGAAAAUUCUGCCCUUAAAAAGCAGGCAAUGGCCCUGCAGGAGCCCCGGAUGAUGACCCCAGAUUGCCAGCGCAGACUGGAAGCUGCAUACGCUGAUCUUCUGCAGAUAUCAGAGAAUGAAAAAGAAUUGGAAGAAGCUGAGGAAUAUAAAGAAGCACGUUUAGUACUGGAUUCAGUGAAGUUAGAGGUCUGAAGCUUUUUUGUACCGAGUGCUUUUUUGCAAUUAAUCCUGGAUUCAUUCCACAAUUUAUUAGUUUUAGCCAUUGCUGUGUGUUCAAGUAGGAUCAGAAUGUGAUUCGUUUUAUGCAAUUACAUAUAUUUUUCUUUGCCUAAUUUAAUGUGUCAAAUAAAUGAAUUCG